AUGGCUUCUAUCAUACGCCAUGCCCUUUUUCUUGUUCUUGUUACAGUACUCUUUUCCCCCAUCUUGUUUGGCACCCACAACGUUGUUAUAGCUUAUGAUGACUUAAUCAAGCAACAAUGUCACAACGCAGAAACACCAUCACUAUGCAUCCAAUGCUUAAAAUCUGACCCUAAAGCCCCACAAGCUGACAAGGUAGGGAUUGCUACCAUUGUCAUAAACUGCGUAAGCAAUCAUUCAAAGACCUUGGCAUCCAACAUGACAGAGCUAGCCUCUAAAGAAGAAUUAGACAAGAAGCUGAAAUCUGCUUAUCAAAGAUGUAUCAAAGGUUAUGCUCUAGCGGACAAGCAUCUUUUGAAGGUUGUUUCUUGGUUGAAGACUGGUGAUUAUGAUAAAGCUAACUCUGGUGUUAUGUCAGCACUUGAAUAUGAGCUCCUUUGCCGUGCAAGCUUUGAGGUGUCCAAGUGGGAAAUUCCAAGUCUUGUUGUUUACGAGAUGAGGGUUUAUGAAGCACUUUCUGAGGCUGCUUUUAGAAUUAUUGAUAGGUUCUAA